AUGAGCUUCUUCGACGAAGUGGAUUCAGAACUCACUUCCCGCCUGAGCUCGGAUUGCAUGUCCGUCUAUUCCUACUUGAGUGACGUCUUGAGCUUUUUCCUCCGGUCAGGCGCUGUGUCCAUUUGCAGGCAGGGUGACGAGAUGUCUUCUGGGCGAUGGUCAGGGCUAGUAAGUGAACAGGCAGCACUUGCACACCUGAAAUUCUUCGAAGCAACACGACCAGAGCAUACCAUAGCCAUUUCCUCCGAACAAUUUCUGAGCAAAUCUUCUAAGCCCAAGAAUCAUUCACCCCCAUGUCUUGUAUUACCAUAG